UUGAUCCUUAGUUUUUUAGUCCCACAAUGCCUCGAGAAGCCGAAAUUUCGGUCAACGAGCGCGAGUUCAUCCGACAGGCCCUCCAAGAGAACAUUCGGCUCGAUGGACGCGCUUUCGAUGCAUUUCGCCCUCUAGAGCUAUCCUUUGGAGAGGAGUAUGGCGUCGUAGAUGUCCAGCUCGGAAAAACGAGGGUUAUUGCGAGAAUUUCUGUUGAUGUGACUACACCGCUUCCAGAGCGCAAGUUUGAUGGCAUCUUCCAGAUCAUUACCGAAUUCUCUCCAAUGGCGUCGCCAGCCUUCGAGGUCGGCCGACCCACAGAUGCCGAAGUCAUCCUUUCCCGCAUUCUUGAGAAAGCAAUACGACGUUCGAACGCCCUCGACACCGAAUCUCUCUGUAUUAUUGCCGGUAUCAAGUGCUUCGCGCUUCGAGCCGACGUCCAUAUUGUAGAUCAUGAUGGAGGGCUAAUUGAUGCAUCAUGUAUCGCUGUCAUGGCUGCAUUACAACAUUUCCGUAGACCAGAUGUCCUAGUAGAAGGCGAGAAGGCAACCGUGCUCAGUGUCCGGGAGCGGGAACCUAUACCCUUGUCAAUCCUUCACCAACCGCUUUGCGUAACCUUCUCAUACUACGAAGAUGGAGAGAUCUUCCUGGUAGAUGCAAAUCUUGCAGAAGAGCAGGUCCGACAAGGAGAAGUGAUUGUCACGAUGAAUAGGCACGGAGAGGUGUGCCAGGUCGCCAAAUACGGAGGAGCAACGGUCGAUCCGCUUGCCAUUUUAAAUUAUAUAAACGUAGCUCUUGGGAAGGUCAAGGACAUGAGUGCAUUUAUUCAGAAGAGGCUCAACGAGGACGCGAAGAAGAGGGAUGUCGGAGGCUUGAUGGCUGAGCUUAGUGCCGAAAAUGCCAGGUGACGGGUGCAUACAAGAAUCGUUUGCCAGAAUCACGCUUUCAUCAAAGCACCCGGACAGUAGUACAAGACGUCGAACUUGGCCUUGGUCGCUGUUGCAGCAUAAAGACUGGGCUUCAUCGCGUCACACACGGGCUCCCUCAAGUCGCCGACUACUGCGUAUGUCUCAUCUACCAUGCCUAUGCAUGCGUUUCCUCGGGUCCGGGAUUGGAGGGCUUGGAUGAUGAGUUCCGCCUUCGUGACGGACAAAAAUGCUCUAGGGACGGAGUACGGACACAAGGCUGUUGGUGCGCAAUAUGUAGCCUGGAAGUCAUGAUACGUGAAGGAACGAUUGUGGCUGAAUUAAUCAUCAUAACUUACCGACAAAA